UCUUAAGUAACCAAGAGGAGUGGUUCAAGGCAGAGCUCGGCAGCCAAGAAGGAUACGUGCCCAAGAAUUUUAUAGACAUCCAGAUUCCCGAGUGGUUUCAUGAAGGUCUCUCGCGACAUCAGGCCGAGAACUUACUCAUGGGCAAGGAGGUUGGCUUCUUCAUCAUCCGGGCCAGCCAGAGCUCCCCCGGGGACUUCUCCAUCUCCGUCAGGCACGAGGACGAUGUCCAGCACUUCAAAGUCAUGAGGGACAGCAAGGGCCACUACUUCCUGUGGACCGAGAAGUUCCCGUCCCUCAACAAGCUGGUGGACUAUUACCGGACGGCCUCCAUCUCCAGACAGAAGCAGAUCUUCCUGCGGGACAGAGCCCAGGACGACCAGGGCCCACGGGGCAGCAGCCUGGACCGGCGUGCGCAGGGAGGCCCCCAUCUCAGCGGUGCCGUGGGGGAGGAGGCCCGGCCGUCCAUGCACAGGAAGCUGUCAGACCAGCCUGCGCCCGCUGCCCAGUGCCUCCCAGGACCGCCGCCCCCACACCAGCGCUACCUCCAGCACCCCCAUUUCCACCAGGAACGCCGCGGAGGCAGCCUGGACAUCAACGACGGCCACGUGGGCCCAGGCACGCCCAGCGAGAUGAACACCGCGCUCAUGCACCGCCGGCACACGGACCCCGAGCAGCUGCAGAUGAUCGGGCGCGUGCGGUGGGCCCGGGCACUCUACGACUUCGAGGCGCUGGAAAGCGACGAGCUAAGCCUGCGCUGUGGGGAGGUGGUCGAGGUCCUGGACAGCUCGAACCCGUCCUGGUGGACCGGCCGCCUGCACAGCAAGCUGGGCCUCUUCCCUGCCAACUAUGUGGCCCCUCUGAGCCGGUGAAGACCCCGGGGGGCGCCCAG